GACGUAAAAACAGAGCGGAACGGUGGUUGGACCUGACGUCCUGUUGUGGUCCUUCGGCGCCAUCUCUCGGUAACAUCGCCGUCCAUCAGGCGCUUUAUACCAACCCGCCUCUGUUUUGUUUCUAGCCAGAUAGCUCCAUCCAUCAUGGCGAUGCAUGCGAAGGCGACUCCACCACAGAUCCCGGACACCCGCCGGGAGCUCGCCGAACUGGUGAAGAGGAAACAAGAACUCGCUGAGACACUAGUAAACUUGGAAAGACAAAUAUAUGCUUUUGAAGGCAGCUACCUAGAAGACACCCAGAUGUAUGGCAACAUCAUCAGAGGAUGGGACCGAUACCUCACCAACCAAAAGAACUCCAAUAGUAAGACUGAUAGAAGGAAUAGGAAAUUCAAGGAAGCAGAGCGUUUAUUCAGCAAGUCAUCUGUCACAUCAGUUGCAGCAGUAUGUGCACUUGGUGGGAUACCUGAUCACAUGAAUGAAAAACGUGAGGCAGGUAGCGGCACAGAAAGUGACGCCUCUCCAGAUCUCCAGAACCAAGAGAAUGAGCCUAGCCAGGAGGACACAGAAGAUGUGGACUCGACCCUGCAGGACCUAAAGCCUCAGAAAGCUGCCUCCUCCUCCUCCUCAGGCAGCCAUCACGGGAGCCACAAGAAAAGGAAGAACAAAAACAGACACAGAUUUGACAUGAAGGUUAACAAGAAACCCAGAGCUGACUAUUCAACUUAACAAAGACCACUGGAACACCUGGACACACAUGCGGAGGAUACCUGUAGAGAAACAUACGAUUUUUUGGACUUUAUGAACAUUGUAUGCCUUUUGUUUUUUCCCUCUCGGUUGUCAUAUUUCAGCCUGUACUGUAUGUAUUGCUUGAAACAUUCCCCCCCGCCACCUACCUUUGGUCAUGGUUAAGGUUUUGACCUACCAAGUAUGUAGAAAUAUGGUGUUGCAUGUUACUUUAGGCCUGAUGAGGCCCACCUCCAGUAACGCACCAUUUUGUAUAGUGUUGAAAAAAAAAUUGUAUUUAUUAUGUAGUUAAUUUCCCAUUGUAAGAAAGCUAUGCUUUUUUUCUCUUAGUGUCACAUAAUCGUAUAACCCCUGAAUACCCGGAUUCUUUUAUUACAUGGUUUACACAGUUUUGGAUAAAAUAAAAUACGUGAAUAUGUUUUGGUUGUUUCUUAAAAGUGCUUUGGGUCAUCACAGCAGUUAGGCUUAUUGGAUGUUGUACAGCAGCUGAUAGGUCACUGCUGGCUGCAAUAAUCAGCCUGAAUCUUAUUGUUUCUUGUGUCAAUCACUGGCAGAUGCAUGCAUGUGAAACUUUGUGAAAUUAUCCAAUUGUUGGAUGUUGUUCCCAUGCCUCUAUAAAGUUACAUUAUGAAAUAGUU